AUGAACCCAAGGUUUAAAAUCCCCAUUAACUUGACAGAAGACUCCAUGUGCCACAUUAAGCCAAACGAUGAUGUUGCUGACCUACUAAAAGAGGCAAAUUUGAUUAUAUGGGACGAAGCCCCUAUGGUCCACAAGCAUGCUUUUGAGGCACUAGAUCGAACAAUGAAAGACGUUUUAUCGUCUUUUAUGGGUCACCAUUCUGAACUACCAUUUGGGGGUAAAGUUAUUGUUUUUGGUGGGGACUUUAGACAGAUCCUCCCGGUCAUUCCUAAUGGUACCAGACAACAAAUUGUCAAUGCUUCUUUGACUUCUUCAUAUAUAUGGUCAGAAUGCAAGGUUUUAAAAUUAACAAAAAACAUGAGGUUGACAGUUGGAGCUCAAACAUCUAACGUUGAGUCUAUUGAGAAAUUUGCAACAUGGCUACUUGAUAUUGGUGAAGGAAACGUUGGUUCAGAAAAUGAUGGUGAAGCACUUAUAGAGAUACCGGAUGACUUAGCAAUCACCGAUUCGGACGAUCCAAUACAAAGUUUAAUCGACUUUGUUUAUCCUUCAAUUUUAGAAAAUUACAAAAAAUCUGGAUUCUUUUCUGAGAGAGCUAUUUUAGCACCAAAAAAUGAAGUUGUUCAUGAAAUUAAUGAUCGUUUACUUUCGUUAUUUCCGGGUGAAGAAAAAGAGUAUUUGAGCUCUGACAGUAUCUGUCAAACUGAGCAAGUACUUGAUUCUUUCCAACAAGAUCUGUAUUCUGCUGAUAAUUUGAAUGCUCUCAAAAUAGCCGGUUUACCUAAUCAUAGGUUGGUUCUUAAAGUUGGUGUUCCUGUAAUGCUUCUUCGAAACAUUGAUCAACAAAGUGGUCUAUGUAAUGGAACUAGACUUCAAAUAACCUUUCUCGGUAAACGAGUUAUUGAAGCUGAAGUAAUAUCAGGUGGGAAUAUUGGCACUAGAGUUUAUAUUCCAAGGAUUUCAAUGAUUCCUUCUGACAAGAAGAUACCGUUUCAGUUUCAAAGAAGGCAAUUUCCGUUAUCAGUAUGUUUUGCUAUGAAAAUUAACAAAAGUCAAGGUCAGUCUUUAUCAAGAGUUGGGCUAUAUUUAAAGGAUCCAGUUUUUAGUCAUGGCCAGUUGUACGUUGCUUUAUCGAGAGUGAAGACGAGAGAAGGUGUCAAAAUUUUAGCGUAUGAUGCUGAUGGUAAACCUUCGAAGCAGACAUCGAAUGUGGUCUACAAGGAGAUAUUUGGUAACUUGUGA